CUCCUAAGCUUGUGUGAUGAUGCAGUUUUGUCAGGAUCUGGAGGCAUGGCUGUUCCUGGCAGGACUUACUGCUACAAGGUAGUGCUCCUGGGAGAAGGCUGUGUGGGUAAAACCUCCCUCCUGCUCAGGUACUGCGAGAAUAAAUAUAACGAGAAGCACAUCACUACUUUACAGGCGUCUUUCUUGACCAAAAGACUGAAUAUCAGUGGAAAGCGAGUCAAUCUUGCAAUAUGGGACACCGCUGGUCAGGAACGCUUCCACGCCUUGGGGCCCAUUUACUACAGGGACUCCAAUGGGGCCAUAUUAGUCUAUGACAUCACUGAUGAGGACUCCUUCCAGAAGGUGAAGAACUGGGUAAAGGAGUUAAGGAAGAUGUUGGGGAGUGAGAUCUGUCUAUGUAUUGUAGGAAACAAAACUGACCUGGAGAAGAACCGGACUGUGUCCGUUGAAGAAGCCGAAGUGUACGCUGAGUCUGUUGGAGCAAAGCACUUCCACACCUCAGCCAAGCUAAACCAAGGCAUUGAGGAACUAUUCCUUGACCUCUGUAAAAAGAUGCUGGCCGUUUCCCAGGCGGAGGAAGCAGCACGCGGGACUGAUCCCAGCCGGGUCGGGAAUGCCCGACGUGGGAUCCAGAUCAUUGAUGAUGAAGAGCCACAACCGCUGAGCAAUGCCGGGUGCUGUCCCCCCUCCUCUUAAGACUGAACUAUCACAAAGCCCAGUGUCAACGCGGCAAACGAGAGAUUGCAUCGACGGAGUAUAGACUCAACGAGACCGUUGACGCAAAUCCACAUAGUGGACAGACCAUCCGAAUACAAUCCCGAUGCUUGUGAUGAUUUGGGGUGAAACCGAGGAUCUUGUGCUAUUUGGAUUGAAAAUUCUUAUUUAUUUAAAUACAGAUAAAUGUUUAAAAAAAAAAGAAACUUCUGCAGACACCAAAGAACAACAGUGUUGGUUGCUCUUGUGGGGACUGGAUUAAACUGCAGACAAGUUUUUCGGAUGCUCAGGUAAAGUAGGAUUGGGUCUUGAAAAGGCUUGGGCAGCAUUGCUCAAAAAGGGUGAAGGCAUAAUCUUGUCUUCUCAAAUUACCGUUGCUGAAAGCCCGGGGUACAAAUGAUCUACACGGCCCAGAUGGAGGGCACAGUAUGCUGGCAAUUGUUCUUGAGAAAGAUUGAGGUGCCUGAAAUCAUCCUGCAUGCAUAGGAUGCUUCCGAUUGAAAGUAACCACGGAGGCACAUAUUGAUGUAUAAAUCCUACUUCUCUUUGUCCGGUCCCCCACCCCUCAAUUUGUUCCAGACCGAUUGAGGCAGGCCAUACUUGCGAUGUACAUUUUCCUCCUAUUUAAGAGUUUCCAUUCCUUGGUUGUUCCUCGACUGCUCAACUGGGUCUUGGAAUACGCACCGUUAAUGCACCAGUGUCACUUUAGUUUCCUGUGCACUUUUUCCUUGAUGCGCUUCUGGGAGUGAAGAUGGUUGGAAUGGUGACAACUCCAGGCACGGUGUAUUGAGUCCGUGCUGAGAGUGUCUUUGUAUUGUUGGAGGAGGCUACUUGCCAUUAAAUGGAUCGGCUGUUAGUUUAGCAUUACCAGUGGGUCAUGGUGGUAGUUUUAUUGAAGCUAUUCCUGUUGUUAAGUAUUGCCAGGUCCCUUGUAUUCUGGAUUGAGGACUAACUUCUCAUAGCUCUCUAAUAUUAGUCAGUUAUUGAAUCUCUUAAAACAUUGGCUUUUACAUACGUGGGGGGGGAAACUGUAUGAGUUCAUAUUGCAGUGAUUUCCUGCUAAUCUUAGGCUACAUCUGUGGGAUUAUAGCUUCCUUUUUUAAGAAAUGUUCCAACCACAUUUUUGAUGCAUUACAAAAGCCAAGGCUUGGCUUUAUUAGCAGUUGACGUUGUGUGCACUUUGCAUUCUUGCAGAAACCCAGCCGAAUAUGCCCGGUGGGUCAGUGAUUGAGAGAAACAGCUGGAUAUGUCAUCUGCUCAGAUAGUUAUGAGUGAGACCGCAGUGAGUGAGGUCCUGUUCCUAAAAAUAAAUAAUCAACUCAGCCAAGCCAGCCAGAGUAAGUGAAUUUAAUUUGAAACCAGAACCUCACCAGCGUGUGGGUCAAAAAUAGUUGGUAAAGCUUGGGAACUUUUGUCUAUUCAUCCAUUUAGUUUCCGUUUUGAAAUGAAAGUUUAGCUGGCACGUUCAAGGUGGUGCUCGAGUCUAAUAAGCAUUUCAGUUCCUGAUGGAGAGGACCUUACGGGAGGACAGAGUUGCUGUUCUGUACAUUUUUGGAUGUGGAUAGCUUUCUGUACUCUUGACAUAUUUUUGCUGCUUAACUGCAAGAUAAAGCCACCUGUUAUUUCCAGCCUAAAGGGGAACUUCAGUUGGCUACACUUUUGCUGCAUUGUGGUAGUGGGUUUAUAGUGUUAGCAAUAUUAUUUUUCAGUUCAAAGCUGUUUAUAGCCACACAAAGCAUAAGAUCUGAUUUCCCCCCCCC